GGUUUCCGGACGAGCACAACGUUGUAACGAGUCUCUUCUAACAGUGUUUAUUUCAAGAAUAUUCCAAUAUCCAAAGAAGUCUAAUGGACAUUGACGCAGAUCCGAUGAUGACCACCGACCUCCAGGUAAACAUGGACGAGUCAACGAAUUUUGUGGAUGAAAAAAAGCAAGAACUACACCAAGCCAUAUUAAUAAUAAGGCAACUCUAUACAGUAGCUCCACAAUGUGUUCAAGUAAUUGCUCAUAAUUUGGAUUACCUAGAAUACAUUGAUAAAAGAGACAACAGAGACUUAUACGAGAUCGAAAUGAAUGCGGAAGACGGAGAAUACAAGUCGUUUGCCGAUGUGAUUACGGAAAUACGAUGUCUUUUGUUGAACUGUUACAAAUAUUUUGGCCCUAGACAUAAGACUACUUAUGCUGCUUUGAACGUUGAAAAAUUGUUGGAUGAAUGUAUUUUUUGCCUGGACGAACGUCUAAAGAGUACAACAGAUGUUCAACAGGCGUUGGAUAUAUUUAAAACGGAGAAGACUUACGACUAUAAAUACUUAUACCCUAAAGACCAUUAUGAUUCAAAGUUAUUAAAAAGUGUCGCUCAUUGUCGUCCAGAACGAUUGAAGAUAUAUCAUAACGCUAUUGAGGAUAAGAUUGCCCUAACUGAGAAAAGUGUUAUGUUAUUAGAAGAACUAAAUAGAAGGAAAAAUGAAAUCGAUUUUGAUUGCCACAGUCAAUAUGUAACUUCAAUGUGGGAGUUGGCUGAAAUCGGAAACUUCGUAUCUGCUCUUGCUGGGACUUUUCAUAUCGGAGAUGUAUAUCAAGGCGAAAUCGAAGGGAUGUUUUUGAUACCUAAAGAGUCGACGUUAAUGAGUAAAAUAAUGACAUUAUUGUUGGGGCCGAUGAGCGGUAAGAGAUGUAUCAAUAAUUUAAUGUCAUACAAAGUUUGGACCGAGAAAUUGUCGAAAAAAAUAUCGAGUUGGUUUGAAGUUUACCACGAAAAGGACCAAGGCAAAGCUAAGGUUUUCAAAGAAUUCGGCAUCCAUCGAGAUUUUUGGACUGUCGUGGGCGACAAGAACCCAUUAAUCGAUAAAGAAUAUUUUGAAUUGCCAUACUUGGUUAAAGUCUGGUUACUUAAAGGACUGUGCGAUCAUGUACUGUUUAAAUAUAAAAGUAUGAAGGACAUUGUUGUAAAAUGUAAAGAAGAGAAAUGUACAGUAUGGAAAAGCAAUGAUGGUACCGAAGAGUAUUUUUACUUCAGUAUAAUGCCCGAUCUGCGACUGUACUAUCAUAAAACUUCCAAUGAUAAGAAGUUCGAUGGCGGUCUUAAAGGAGAACCAUUUGAAAACAGAGAUCUGGAAGACGAAUUGCCUAGGCUCAAAGGCAUAUGUAAAACGUUUCGAUCGAGAUCCCAGUUCAAACCUAACGAAGAUAAUUUCAAAAUGAUAGCCAACACUGUGCAAGGAGUCCGUACGCUUAUCGAGGAAUCCGUAGCCGAGGGAAACCCUGAGAGCUUAAUACUUUCGCUCGAAGAAUAUCUCCGAUGGGUUGAAAAGCACGAAUACAAUUAUCUAAGCACCAACAACGAAUCAAAGAUAAACCUGUACAGAGAUUGGAAAUUGACACAUCCUGCGAAUAAACAUAAAGUCAAAAACACCAAAUUAGAUUACAGCGAAGAAAAAGAACCUAUCAAACGACGACAAACGGAAGACCAUCAGGACAUUGAUGAAUAUUAUGAAAAUAAAAAAGCAAAGAUUAUCAGUUGUCCGGACACUUCACUAUACUCAUCUCUUAUCAGCGAAGAUGAAGAUGAAGAUGAUAGCUGCAUUAAAAUAGUUUCCGUUUCAUCAGUAGCGCCUAGACCUUUGAAUACUUCACCAACUGUGUCGAGCGUAGAUUCAAAAAAAUCAUUGUGUACAAUUAGCUGAAUAGGAAGUUACAAACCCCCACUGAUCCUAUACUAGUCAAUGCAUUUUAUUCGGCUGACAUUCAAUUUAUAAGACUUGAGUAUGUUCACGUAACGUAAAAUCAC